UACAUUUAAUUCUUUGCAAAAUUCGCUCGCUAUUUUUUUUAAUGACUAACUUCUGAUUUUUAUGACCAUUUCUUUCGGCGCGUAGUUGAACCUUCAUAACCACCUGAUUUGCGUAGUCUUAAAUUAAUAUUUAACGGAUGAUAGGCAUAAUAACAAGGCUUAUAAAACAAAACUUAAAACAGACCUAAAAGCGCAUAAUCGUACAAAUUAGAUUUGGUUUACAGACUUUUAAAUACCGAAGGCAUAUUACAUUUGCUUAAGUAUUUCCCUUCUGCAAACUUGUUUUUCAUUGAGCUUUGUUGAAUAUCCCAUCGAGAAACAUUAAGUGGACUAACAGAGGAAUAAAAAGGAAGUUCCUCAUCCUGGUGUCAGCUCGCACAGGACGUCAGCUGCAGCCAAUUUUCUCCAAACUGAGAUGUGACUUAUCACUGGCUGAGCGAGCCGGGGCUUUGAUCAGGGAGCGCAGGGUCCCUCAGAAGCUGCAGUAACUUAUUAUGAUGUCAAAUAGAAGAAAAGCUUUUCUUAGUCGCGCUUUGAUUCUCUAAAGGUAUUUGUGAUUUAGUGAUAAUCUUUUUCUUUUCUUUUUUUUUCGGACGGUGCAAUGUUGGCGGAAUAAAUUGCACUCAGAUGCCAGAAGGGAGUAUAAAGUAAUCCCUGUCUUCCGUAAUGCUGUAAUAUGGUUUCCGCGGCAGGGUUCGUGAACUCAUGAGCCAAAGCUGAUCUCUCUUGUGAUGAAAGAGACGGAGAGAUCUCAGUAAAAAUGAUCUGAAUUAUAUCGAUCUUAUGUUUUAAAAAUGGUUUUAAAUAUUUCUAUUUAUAGUGUACUACUGUUCAGGGUUAUAAGUGUGGCGUUUUUUAAUGCUUUUUUAAUCAUAUGCUCACCAAUCUGCUGGAUUGAAAAUACACUAAAACGGUAAUAUUUUUAAAAUGUUAUUGCAUAUAGUAUAAUUCAAAUUUAUUCCUGUAAUGGGAAAGCAAAGGUUUCUUCAGAAAUCAUUACGCUGAUUUGAUUCUGAGCAAACUUUUCUUAUUGUUAUCAGUGUUUAAAAUGAAUGAGUCUUCGCUGAAUAAAAGUGUUUCUUUCUUUCCAAUACCUCAAACUUAUGGGUGGUAGUUUAAUAAAUAAAAUGAAAUGUUAUUUGUAUUUCUGCAGUAUUUCUUCCUUUCGUUCGUUCUUUCAGCUGUCUGUGUAAGAGCUGUGCUGGCCGUCCAGUUUCUGUCCACUUCAUGUGGUGCUCCAGGUCACCAUGGGCAAAACCCACCAGAAAGACGGAAAAUACAGCAAUAAGGAGAAAUCGGGGAGGAAUAAUGAGGAUUCGCGUCCUUCGCAAAAGCUCAUCGAGCCGUUCAGCUGGGAAAUGUACUUGAGAGAGACCUCGUCCUGUCCUGCUUCCCCCUGCUGUUUCAGACAGUCCAGAGUCCCUCCCGGUAAUGAUUUUGGAGUGGGGAUGAAAGUGGAGGCUUGUGACCCGAGGAAUUCCACCUCGAUGUGCAUCGCCUCCGUGAUGGGAUUAAUGGGCGUGCGUCUGCGGCUCAGACUGGACGGCAGCGACAGCACCAAUGAUUUCUGGCGACUGGUUGACUCCUCGGACAUUCAGCCCAUCGGCACGUGUGAGAAGAGCGGGGACAUGCUGCAGCCGCCGCUGGGGUUCAGAAUGAAUGCCUCUUCAUGGCCCAUGUUCUUAUUAAAAACAUUAAGUGGGGCAGAGAUGGCUCCAGCUUCAGCCUUUAAAAAGGAGCCGCCCAAACCUACUCAGAACUUCUUUAAACCUGGUAUGAAACUGGAAGCGGUGGACCGAAAGAAUCCCUACCUCAUCUGUCCUGCUACCAUCGGAGAGGUGAGAGGGGACAAGAUAUUCAUCAUGUUUGAUGGCUGGAGAGGAGCUUUCGAUUACUGGUGUCAGUACGACUCCAGGGAUAUCUUCCCCGUGGGCUGGUGUCAACUGACCAGCCACAGUCUGCAACCUCCCGGCAACUGCUUCACAUUUUCAAAGACCGUUACUCCGGCACUGGGCCAGUCCAGUCAGUCUUGGCGCUCCAUGCAGUCCCCGUACCGCCUGCCUCACCCCCUGCCCCCUCUGCCUGUGCGCAAGGGGGUACGAGGGAGGAGACCCAAGAGCCAGACCAUCGCCAUGCUAAAAGCAGCAGCCGAGGCGGCAGCAGCAGCAGCAGCUGCAGUCGGGACAUCACCGAAUGGCCAAGCACAGUCCAACGCAGCCAAGAGUCCCAUGAGCUCACCGCUCACACCCAAACCAUAUAAAAAGAGAGGACCUAAACCCGGCAGCAAGAGGAAACAAAAGGUUCCCCAUUCACUUUCAAGCACCACGUUGUCUUCCUCCGUGUCAGAUGGGAGACUGUCUAGUCUGCAGACAACAAGAGAGUCAGGAGUUGUGUCCACGGUUUGUGUGUAUGUGAAUAAACACGGAGACCCAGGGCCACACCUGGACCGUAAACUGUUAUUGCAGCUGCCUGAUCAUUUCGGGCCGGGUCCCGUGAACACGGUCCUCCAGCAUGCGGUCCAAGCCUGCGUGGACUGUGCGUUUCAGCCCAAAGCUCUGUUCAGCUUCCUGCAGUCUCAGUCUGAUGGCGGGGAAAUCAUCAGAGUUCGCUCAGAAGGAGGAAUCCACUACGUCAAGCUCCCCACUGCCUCCAGUGCAUCGUUCGUUCUCCGCUUUCUAGAAACUCUUUGUCACCACCUGCAUUGUGAUAACCUGUUCAGCAGCCAGCCAUUCAGUCCACUAACAGCUAACACACACAAGCCGUAUGAAAGGAGUAAAUCAGUGAAAGAGGAGACUUCAGAAGCUUUGUCCGUAGCACGAGGUACAAGACGUUUCAACAGAGAUUCAGCGGCCUACACCGCUGCCCUGUCACCAAAGCUACAGAGAACAGAAGCUCUGCCCUCAGAUGAAACCAUUGUCCAUGCUGAAAAUGGUGCUACUACGGACCAGCAGUUCUCAGAAGAGUCGAUAGACUCUGCCUCCAAUUCUGUUGCCCCCCGACCCCCCGCACUACGGAGCACAUCUGAGUAUCACACCCCGGCCGGGAGCAGCCCACAUUACCCCUCUCACCCCCCGCCCCUCCGCAGACUCUCCUCCAACCCCUCCGAGCUGGGACCUGCACGCACACACAGACGAGUGGAAGCUGCUAGCUCAACCACUGGGCCUGAUCAUCAAGCAGCAGAGAAGGAUACGACCAAAACAUCUAGUAAAGUUCCAUCAUCCUGGAGUAUAGAGGAAGUGAUGCAAUUUGUGCGUGAUGCUGAUCCACAAGCACUGGGCCCACAUGCAGAGCUCUUCAGGAAACAUGAGAUCGAUGGCAAGGCCCUGAUGCUUUUACGGAGUGACAUGAUCAUGAAGUACAUGGGGCUUAAACUGGGUCCUGCUCUUAAACUUUGCCAUCACAUUGAGAGACUCAAACAGGUGAAAUAGCAGCUUGAUCCACCAGAGGGCAACAGAGAAAAACACAGGUUCUCUGCAUUUCAGAGUACACAGAUACAUGGAUAUUAACUGUGAAAUCGUCAGAGGUCCAACAUGUUGACCUGUUUCAGCUGUACUCAUUCCUGCUGGCUCAGUGGGUAAGGAAAAAACUGACCAGCUGAAUAUUUUUGUUUUUUGUAGCAAAAACGAAUGCAAAAUCAUUAGCAGAUUGACUUUUCAAAACUACCUAACUUUGCAUGGACAUUGUGUACAAUCAUUCUGUACAAGAAUGUUCCCUCGCAUUUAGAAGAAAAAAAAAAAACUCAGUGUAAAACUGCAGCUACAGACCUCAGUACCUCAGCGAUACGAUACUCUGCGUUUACAGACAAUGGUAGAGAAAGCUGAAUCCCAAAGGAUUUCAAUGUGUUGUUUAUGUAUUGUUUCUGGUGUUGUCUACAUGCACAGACAGCUUGACAGAUGUUCACCUUUCCACUGUUUUUGAAAUACACUUUGUACAUUGACAGACUAUGACGGGUUUUGGUGCCAGUUAAUCAAAAUUCACCAUUUGACGUAGUGUUUGUUUAAUUUUGAGUAAUUUUCAGUUUAAUCAACUGUUCCUGUCAUAUGAAUGGGAUAACAGAAUCAUAUUUCAUAAUGUUCUGCUGUUUUGUAAAAUAACAGAAAAAAAAAAACAAAUGUGAUAUUUAAGUCAUAAACCAAAAAUUGUGUUAUGGCCUAUAAAAGGCAUCAAUUUUAAAAGCACAAAAUUUCACUUCUGACUCUUCAUCAAACUUCAUUACUGUUGCUGUUUAACUCAAGAUAAUUACUCAGGACAUUUGUAAAAUACAUUUUCAUUUAUUCAUAUUUUGUUGCAACAUAAUGUCUUUUCCUUCUAAAAACUGAGUAUAUUAAUGUCCACACCAGCACUUCAGGUGACACACAUGAAGCAGACAUAAAGUCACACGGUCCUGAAAUUCAGAGGUUUAUCUGCAUGCUGAAUGAUGUACAGAGCAUGCAGUAAUCCCAGAUAUGUAUGUGGUUCUUUUUAUUUGUGUAUCAUAUAAAUGUGUAUUUAGUUCAGUGUUCUGUCCUUCGGUGCAUUUUUUUUUAUUAUUUAAUGGGUAGAAACUUUUUUGAGUGCAUUGUGUCUGUUUAUAUCAUUGAUAAUAGAUUUUGUGACUUGGGGGAUGGAGCUUUUUGUUAUGAUACACAUUUAUAUACAUACGUUUUAGCUCCUUUUAGAUACACUGUAUUUACUUUGCUCUUAUACUCAGGUUAAAAUAUUUUGUAUUUACUUAUUUGAACACUUUUCUACCGUUUGAAUAAAUAAUUGCAUUUAUGAAGUUGUCAUUUUCACCAUAUUUUCGGUGCAUUACCUCAUUAAAUAUGCUUUUCUUAAAAAACUUGACCAUUUCAUUUGGGUU